CCUGCUGGUUGUAGGUCUGUAAGUGUCCUGCCCCUUUACUACAAGUUUUGUCUGUGACCACAACACCAUAUCUGAUAUCUCUUAUUAAAGAUGGGGGAGAGGUUGCAAAGCCAAAAAAGCUUUGUUUGCUCUUUUUUUGAUUGUAAGGCUAAAUUCAGUAAAUCUUGGAAGCUAGAGGCUCAUCUUUGCAAACACACAGGAUUGAAACCAUUCUCCUGUGAGAACUGUGACAAGAGCUUUUGCACUCGUUAUCAGCUCACCAGACAUGAGCUCAAUCACAGCGGAGAAAAACCACACAAGUGUCUGGUUGAUGGGUGCCCUGAGGCCUUUGUCACACACGCCAGCAUGAAGAACCACAUGGCUCGGGUUCAUCAUCACCAGGAGAAACGAUAUCGCUGUGACCAUCAAAGCUGUGGAAAAGAUUUCAACAAGAGGAACCAACUGAAAGCCCAUAAGUGUGAGCACGAACACCUUCAGCCUUUUCAUUGUACUUUCAGCGGCUGUGCAAGAGAAUUUCCCAGUCAUGGAAAACUAAAGCAUCAUGAGAGACUGCAUAGAGGUUAUCCUUGUGAGACUGAAGCAUGUCCUUUUCAGGGAAAAACAUGGACAGAAUAUCAGAAGCACAGAAAAGAGCAUAGAGUCAAGGUGCCCUGUGGAGAGUGCAAAAAGCUGUUUAACAACGCCUGGUUCUUACGCCAGCAUGAGCUUCGCAUCCACUCUGGGGAGAAGAGGAAGCUGUCGUGCCCCAGAGCCGGCUGUGGUAAAGAGUUCACUCGUCGCUUCAACUUGGAGAGCCACAUACUGGGAGACCAUGAGGGCAAGAAACCCUUUACCUGUGCCUAUGCUGGCUGUGGGAAGAGCUUUGCCAUGAAGGAAAGUCUGUGGCGACAUGGAGUGGUGCAUGACCCAGCAAAGAAAAAGAUGAAGAAACUGCAUCCUAAAAAGAAUCAGCCCUGGCGUAUGGCACUGCAGCUCAGACUGGCAGCUGCAGCCAAUCAAGUAGAGACGAACAAGCUUGCUGUGAAGCUGCGCAAAACAACUCUAAAGGAUAACAAAUCUUGAGGCUGCAUUAUAUAAAUAUAUAUACUUGGUUAUGUUUAUUAAUGGUGAAAAGGAUCACAUAUUUCUGUUGAUGCUCUUUAUGUAAAUAUAAAAUAAAGCCUCAUUAAUGCAGCACUA